AUGUGUGAUAACAGCUUUGCUUUGCCGACAUCACCACUGCCACCUGACGAUAGUUUACUUCCGAAUAAUGGCUUCAGUCGAACUGCAGUCGCGCUUGGAACACUUCGUGUGGCCGUCGGAAACGCUUUCGAUGAUGUUUGGUACGACAUGGAACGUUUUCAGAUGGAUCAUAUCUCCGAGGUGAUAAACAAGUUAGAUGAGGGUGAAAUAGACGAUGAAAUAUGGGGGAAAAUCAUCAUCAUGGAACGGGGACGACGCAUUGCGAAAGCAUAUUUAAGAAACACAACGAUAAUUGUUGAUGGUGGUGAAGAGGAGUUCGAUGGUCAAACGCUCGGUUUCAAUCAUUUCGAGAAUGCGUUUCGUGAUGAACACACCAGCGAACUCCGCAGCAAGAUCGGUGAUGGUGUAAUCAUCAAGAUGGACAAUCAAGGAAAUAUCAAAGCGAUGGCACGAGGAUCUACACCGAUAAUAGUGCAAGGCACAGCAGAGCCUCGACUUACAUGCAUACCCGAGAAGUUGAUCAAGCAACAGGGACGACUCAAAACGAAUCACGAUCAAGCGAUUGGGGGCACCGAUGAAGAGCGCAUCGCCAAGAUUUUCGACAUCCGCCGAUUCAAGUCAUCAAUAGCUGAUGAAAUGAACAAACCAAUCCCAAACAGACGCGAGCUGCUGCUCAAGUCUUGUGUUCGAAUUGCGCUCGUCAAAGAUGGUGGUAGUGAUCCGAUGAAGACACCGUGCUGGUUCAUGAUCAUCAAUUUGGUUGCACUCGACAUGCUCAAAACGAAACUUCCCAACGCACUAAAUUUUCUUUCUCAGGAAGCAGAUCGGGACCUGUCCGGUCGAGAGCCAUUCUCGAAAAUGGAAAGCUUAUUGUCGUUGUUGACAACCUCUGCAAAAAAACCUCUCUCUCAAGAAGCCCUCCAAGAACUACUGAAAAACGCCAUUCAGCAAGCCAAUGAUCCGUCCCAUAGCACAAAUCGCUAUGCAAGACUGUCCGAGUCUACGCCAGUGCUAUCUCAAAUCGAUCAGCUUGCACAACUUGCCAAUACACUACGAUUACGGAAUAACCCAUCUAAAAUUGCGCGGAAUAAACGUUACAGUCGGAGAUCACGAUCUUGCAGUGAUACGGAUGAAUCGUUGAGUAGUGAAGAGUUUUCGUAUCGAAGAGCCAGAUAUCGUUCUGCACUACCGACCACCACUAAAACCUUCUCAACAACCUCUUCAAGUGGUAUCAGUACCUCUAAUGCCAGACUUCUGCAAAAAGGAGAUCAACUGUCAUCGCUGGACAAUGAUAAAUGCAAUAAGGCGACAACAGCUCAGGGAUGUUCUGAUGAGGUACCGAAGAACACAACUGGGAAAGAAUCGAGCAACAUUGUAAAGAAGGAGAACGCAGAACAACAAGAGAAUCAGCGGAACGCAUCGAUGCAAUCGCCAACCUCAUGCUUCAGCACAACUUCCGAUUAUGACAGCAAUCGUGAAGUGUACGAUUCGGCAUCUUGCUACAGUUUCUCGGCUGCAUCUUCCAUUAAUUUCAAUACUCCUGAGGACAGACAAGAUUCAUCAAAACGUUCUCAUAGCUCACCGCAACUGUCUGCAAACGAACAAGCUCAAUCGAAACUACCGAGCAAACGUAAUUGCGAAGCGAGAAACGAUGCAAAUCCAACAGCACCUGCAACUGACAGUGUGACCACAAGUUCGUUUAAAACUAACACUAUCGAUCCGCCUCUCCAAGAAAUCCCGAAACCAUCAAAAGCUGUUAGAGCAGAAGCAGCUACUCACCCACAACUAGCACAGUUUUGCAGUGAUAGUCUUCCACCGAUUUCGCCUAGAUCCUUAACCUCUCAUAACGAUUUCAAUCCACUGCCAUCCCCCCUUUCAACAACAAUUUAUGAGAAAUCCAAAAGCCACUCAUCGAAUCUAUUUUCGAAACUUCUCAAACAAGUCCAAAAACAUCUGAAAUCACCACCCGCUGCAGCAUCACCAACAUCACUGCAAUCCGAUAUUCAAAAUGCGCAGCAAAAUUUCGAUGCCUUCUAUCGAAACAAAUCAAAAACUUUCUCUAAUAAGCACAAUCGCAGAAGUCUACCACUUCCUCAAUAUCAUGCGUACGAUGUUGCUGAUCAAAUGCAAACAUUUUACAAUUCAAACGAAACCCAACUGGACUCAAACACCCGAGCAUUUUGUUUAAUGCGAGGAGGACAGCAUCAAUUUCCGUCUAAUCCGAGCUACACGCACCAAAUCUCGGGUAACAAAACAAAUGUGACCCAUACAAAUGAUAAUACUCAAAUUCCAGACAACAGCAACUCUGCUGACCGAAACGAAAUCCUCAAAAUGGAAGCACAUCGUCGGUUUAGUGCCAGUUUACAUAAUAUCCACACUCCAGUACAGAUCAACACUGAUCAUGCUAAUCAUCAAAACAUCAAAACAUCCGGUAUAACGCACGCAAAAUCAAAGAGCUCUGAUGCAAAUUAUUUGAUGCGUGAGCAAAAAAAGUCUCGUGAAAAACCAUUGAUUGAUUCCAUCCUUUCUGCUAUAAACCCCAACUCGAAACGACACAGUCAACGUCCGGUGUCCCAUUCAGUGAACAUGACAACUGCCCAACCGAGUGGUCAAAAUGAAUUUGCCGAACGCGCACCGGCGAUUCGACGUUCUUCACGAACUCUGUAUCGUCCUAACGCAUCCGCUUAUACCGUCAUCACUGCGAAUAGGCCAGAGCAGCCAGCAAUGCCUUCGGCCGGUUGUGAUAUCAAUUUCAAUCCGUGCUCGUUCCAGACAUUCUCGGCUAAACCACCUAAACAUCCCAAUUCCCAACCAACCAGUAGCACUUUCUGGAAAUACAGAACAUUAUCGGCACCGAACAGACAUAUGCAAAUGGCCUACGAUGGCGAUCCGCGGAAAUGUCAACGCUUGAACACUCACCACCAUUCUGGUAAUGCGUUCGAAGCCAGCGAAAAAUCGAAACAUGACUUCUUCCAUCACACGGCGAGAACUGGCCACGCAGAGAUUUUGGAUGCGAAUACGAUGGUGAGACGAUCGAUGCAACGUCCACGAUCGUCCAUACUCCCGAUGGUAUCAGAAGCUUCCGAUAACUUCAUGGAUCCCCGAUGGCAAGCUAGCGGAUACCAAACGUUUGGUGAUUUCAGCGAUGGUCUGAAGAAGAGGUCGGUUGAUGCUGCUGGCUGCUUAGAAACCGAAGAUGAAGUGCUCCAUGUGCUCAUGAAUAGUUCCGAUGUGGAAUAUAGAAUCGCAGAAGGUUAUGGCAGUGAAACGUGCCAAAGCAGUUGA